AUGUUCAGCCUUCUCUUCCAGUCUGCCAUCAUGACUGCCACCAUGGCCCUCACUGCCUCCGCAGCUCCUCAGUGCAACACCAAUGCCGACUGCCUCUCUGGCUUCAUCUGCGGCACCAGCGACUUUAGUGGCAGCUCCAGUGACAAAGUGUGCGUUAAGAUUGGAACUUGCAACAACAAACCUGAUCCUCAAUUCCCCAACCUCGGACCAAAGUGCGGCGACUCGAUCUUCUGCAACGUUGGAGGUUACUGCGGCGAAGGAUAUUUCACCAUGGGCGGUGAAAGAAUCCUUAGUCAAGUCUGUGUUAACGCUGCCACCGGCGUUAAAUGCGCUGAGCCAUCGACGUAA